AACUUUACUCGUACUGCGCCGCCAUAACCAAUAAAUACACCACAACGUCUUCUCUAUUUUUAUUUAGACUCGUCAGUCUUCAGCUGCGAUCGGCUUAGUCAUAUAACUUUCAGGCCGGUAGGUAACCAUUGCACGGCUUUUCCUAUUACCUUUUCUCCGCCCUUCACAUACCCAGCUCCGAACCGUCUUCUUUACCGCCCGCACUACGCAGUCGAAGUUGCCCCAAACAUCGAAACACAGUCUCUAUCAUAUCGAUCCUACUGUGCUCCAUUCAUCUCAGCUUCAAGCAUUCUCACACCCUCCUCAAGACUUUCCACGCCUGUUAACACUAUAACUUGCGCAGAGCUUCUGUAACCGUCCUUUCGGUCGACGCGCCGCACGCGUACCACUUUUCAAAUGGAGACUUACAACGGCCACGUCAAGACUCCCGCAGACGCCAUCAUUCUCUUCGAAGCAUGUCGGAUCGGACUUCUGCCUCGUGUCCAGCGGAGAUUGUCCGAAAAAGAGAGGCAACAGAUCAAGUCAGGGUCGGUGUUCGUCUGGGAUGAGCGAGAAGCUGGCAUGCGUCGGUGGACAGACGGGAAAUCCUGGAGCGCCAGUAGAGUUUCGGGGAGCUUCCUCACUUAUCGUGAAAUGGAGGGCAAGAGAGGAGGAAAUGGAUACGCCACAGUACCGCAACCCCAGAAGAAACCAAGUCCAAAGGUUGAUGCAAGAAGCGGCGACUCAGAGGAAGAAGGACCUGAUGGAUACCGGUAUAAGCCAGAUGGACUCAUGAAACAAUCGUUCAGCAUAACCACAUCGAGCGGCCAACACCUGCACCUCAUCAGCUACUAUGCCCGAUCUUCACCAUCUGCUUCAAAUCUCUUACAACCAUCCACGGAUCCAAACCUCAGGCAUAUACGCCCACCGAAAAACAUGUAUCCGGAGUCUACUGUGAAUGACCCACAAGUCAAUAUGCCAGCAGUGACACGCGCUCCUAUGGCAUCACCUGGCUUCUCCGCAGGAUCACCUCAGCCCAAUGCUGGCUCGCCGUAUCAACGUGCUCCCAUGGGCCCGACAUACAUUCCGCAGCAGCCCGGUUGGCCGCCAACGCCAUCUGCGACACCCCCUGGAACUUACGCAAUCUACUAUCCAUACGGACCUCCACCACCAGGCCAUGCCCCUCCAAUGCAUUUCCAGCCUAUCCACCACGCCUAUCCACCACACGUCGGCCCACCACCAACUCAUCUAGAUCGUGUUCCUCCUCCCAUUAGCAACUCUCAGGUACCACCUGCACCGCAGCACCAUCAUCCCAGCAGUCAGCCAUAUCCCCACAGCUUCACGACAAGAGCCCCGCAGACUUCGUAUCCGGCCCCGCAUCACUAUCCUCAUACCACGGAGCCAGGUCCUCAGCUGCCCCCCGUUGGCGCGCAUGCCGGCAGUGACCAUCACUCGUCUAAUCGUCCCAGUAGUGGGGGAAGACCCCAACCAUCGUCCCUCAAUGGGACUGAAGGCCAUGCCAACACCUCAUCUGCAUCUCCAGCACGCAUUGGCCCUGUCACCAGCUUAAGCAGCAUCCUGAACAGUGCACCACAUAACACUGGACCAUCUGCUGACCAAAGCAGGCAGGGCAGCCAAAGCCCAGCAAACACACCAUAUGCUCGCAAGAUGAAUGAGAGCACAGCCCCACUAAGGGCAGCGAACCAAGCCAUCAAUGCUCUAAAUUCGGCAGCGCUUUCGACAUGAGGAACGUGAACAUGGGGUCAAAAGGUCAUGCCAUGCGUCCGACUCGAUAUAAAUCAUCUUGCGCAGACCACCAUAUCAUUUCGGCCGGCGUUUAGUUCUGGUCAGCCACACCAUGUACGGCUAUCAUUCAUGCAUACACAGAUCGGCGAGUCUGUAAGGCGUAUCGGGGGAAAUCAUUCAAGGUGGUCCUUCUCCAAGGCAUCGGCGGCGUACUCACAGACACAAUGGCGUUCUCUUUUCAAGACUGUACGGAGGCCCAGCAUGACUUUAGCGUUGUCGCAGGCACUCCAUAGCUAGCUCUAGCUCUACGACAAUUAUGUUUACACACUACUCAAAUACACUUUGAGGCUCUCACUCAUUCAGCC